CUGUCCACCACGCACCACAUGAACGGCGCGGGAGAGGGCCGCCUAUCUGUCAUGGAUAACGCACCAGCCAGUUUCACGCCUCAUGACGGCAGGUCAGCAGAACGGUCACCCACUUGGCCCGCGAGUGGAAACGCCACGCCGGUAUCACCGCAUGCCGGACAACGCGGUUUGCUGGGAGUAUCCCCUUAUGGCAGCCCGGAUGACAUGCGAUCAACAAAGAGUCCUCGUGUUCACUCUCUUUCGCCCACGGUCGUCGUCACUCCCGGCGUUGCAGUUGUGCAUUCUCCGUUGCCGCCCUUGUUGCCGUGUCCAACGUGCCGUCCAUACACUCCAGUACACCCUAUGUCGGAUUUCGAUGCGUUGUGUUUUCCUGUGCUGUCGCCGCCAUUGCAGCCUCGCCGUUUGCAGUUUCUGUCGUGUGCUGCGCAACCAUUUCCUCCUCCACUUUUCGUUGGACGCGACGGGUUGGACUCCAUCCCCCUAGAGGGGUGUUCUCAAUCAUCAGGAGUGGUGUUUGGAAGUGGAGGGUCCACACUGCGUGACGGAGGACGUCGGAGUGUAGAAUCGCGGGUCUCACAUUCGUUCGCCGCAUCAGGUCAUGGGCAGGGGGGUGUAUUGGAUGAUGCACGUUGUGCCUCUGCCGGGGACACACAUGACCGUAAUUCCGCUCGUCGCUCUCUCGUCUCCCGGUUUGACGAGGAUGACAAUGUGUGUGGUAGCGGAGAUGGGCCCGACCGUUGCAAUCCUGGCGCUCAAAAUCUUGGUGCGGGUCGUUCUGAACACUCGGGCGGGUCUUUGGGGCAAUUCGGUUCGCAAUCAACUGGUUCCGCGAAGUACUCUCGUUUGUUCCUGACUACCACUUGCAAGGAGAGACUGCGCCUUUUACAAUCUGCGAUGAAAGAAGUGAGCGACAAGUCUGGGGUCAUGAGCGAUGUCAUCGACCGAUUGUUGCAUUGGUCAUUGCCAGCCAUCCGGUCAGAGUUCGGGGAUGGUGUGGCAUCGAGGAUCGAGAGAACACUACCAGCCAGCAACCGUGCAGAUGUGUUUCGUCUCGGAGCAGGAGGGGAUGAUUCGACAGCGGAUGCUGAGGAUGAUGGCGAGCGUGAGGGUGAAGGGAGCGGUGGAGGCAAUGGCGGGUCAUUUUGUGAGUCGGAUGAUUCACUACCGCAUUCAGGGCACGGGUCACAGCGUGGCCGCAGAUCGCGCGGGCGGCCACCAAGCCGUGGCAGGUCGCGUUCGCGUUUCGAACAUGUACGUCCUUUGUGCUGGCACGAUUCGAAGGAUGGUGCUCUGCAAACCGGACCUUGCAAUAAUCGGUCUGCACAUGUGUUGGAAUCGAUGGGGCACUGGGAAGGCUCGAAAGCGCCUGAUAUCGUCUUCGUGGAGCCGGUGAAGCUGCUGCAGUUGCUCGGGUUGUUUGAUUUGAGUUGCCCGCGCCACGGGGGCGGUUGUGCUGUGGAUGUGUCCUCUGUCGGUUAUCCUGGGCAGAUUUGUCGCAUUUCGCUCGCUUGUGAUAAGUCCUGUCGUUGGACAUGGCACAGUGCACUGGUUGGGGGAGCUGUGUACUCUUGCAGACUUCAGGAGCAGUUGUUCCAUGCGAUCGUCACUGCGGGUAUGACAGAUACCGUCCUCAAUGACUUCUGCAUCGCGUUUGGGGUGACACCUGUGCACAAGCCCACUUUUUACGGUUGCAUGCGAGGUGAGCCGAAUGUGCGUGAGGGUUGGAAUGCAAAGGUUGUCAGGCAGAGCGUGCGGUAUUGCGACUUGGCCAUUAUGCGAUCAGGGAGACCCGUCACUUUGAUGGUUGACGGUCGCUACGACUCGGCCAGGGGGUUGAAGAUCUGGUGUAUUGUCUCCGACGAUUGUGCUGCAUUGGGUCCACAAUUGGAGCGCCUGGGUAUUGAAUGGCAGAAGGAUUGUCAUCAUAAGGUAAAAAACAUUCGCAAGGCACUUAGAAAAGUCGUGACACUGAAGGUGCCAAAGAAAUUGAACAACCCUCAUCAGUGCCUGUCGGAAUCUCAAUUUAUGCAGUUCACGAAGAAGGAGUUGUUGGAUGCCUUGACGGACCGUUUUGGACCAGGGUCUUUGACGGCAAAAAAAGAACGAUUGAAGAAGAGCGACUUCGUUGCUCUUGUGAUGAGCAAAAUGUACUUGUACGGCACGAUGAAAAACAACAAAUCCUUGGUCGUGGAUGCAGAUGGUGUGACUGAGUUCCAUAUCCAUGAGGUGGGGCAUUGGUUUCUUCGUGCUUCCCAACUUUGCACAGAUGAGGGUGGCGACUUUGUCACUCUGCACAAUGAUGUCAUGAUGAUCGUCGACCAUUGGGUCGGGGACCACUCCAGGUGCGUUGCGGACAGAGAGCUUCUAUGCUCAAAGGCGGGUGGCCCAUCUCGGCUGCCUCUGUACACGCACGACGACCCCGUGUAUGACAUCAUUCGCCAGACGUUGGGCAGGCAUUGCAACACGACCGUUUGUUCGUACUACACGGAGUUCCGUCAUACGUCGACGGUUGAGACCUUCCAGGGCACAAUCAUCAUUUACGUGAAGAAGGCCUUGCACUUCGAGAAGUCGUAUGAGCCGCAUUUGGCGAUUGCAGUCAUUCGAUGGAACAGUCAUACAUGGCAGGAUCCCUUGGAGUAUCGUGUCCACAGGCCUUCUGGGACUUCGAUUCGUCCAAGGCCGAGCCACUACCGUCACAAUCGGCCACCUACCGAUUCAUGGAUGGAUCGGUUGUCCACGUUCAUCUUCGGUUCAAAAUGUGUUUCAGAUUGGGCUCGACGCCUUCUCGAGUACGACGACUGUGAUGUGUCAGGCGAGGUCGGGUCCUCGACACCUCCUCUGCCUCGCGAUCUUUUUUGCAGAGGCGAGGAUACCAUUGCCCGUGACGAGGACGACGUUGCUUCAGAUGCGGAUCCCGACGUUGUGGGGGAUGACGAUGUUUUCAUCAUUGGCGAUGGGGAUGGGUUGCUUGGACCGGCGGAUGCCGUGUCCGAUCGAUCAUGCGAUUCUCUAUUGGACGAAGAUGAUGUCGAGUUGUUCGACGACUGACAUCAUGUUAUGUCGUGGUAUCUUGUACACGCGACUUUUAUGUUUUUCGGCUUUUUAGUUUGACGUG